AUGAAUCCUAUUCUCAGAAAAAGCAUAUUUACUUUUCGAUACAAGGAACCUCGAAUGGACAGUUCGAAAGCUUUGAGUUCCAAGUUGGCACCAGUCAAGUACAAAUGCUACGCAACUUAUGGAAACAUUCUGGACCUAGUGAACGAGAAUAUGGACUAUGGAGCUCUCACUACUUUGGCUAAGUGCUAUGAUAUCCCUUUGCAUUGCUUCACUUUCCUAGAUUUCCAGAUAGCUCCCACUUUCGAAGAGUUUGAGAGAAUUCUGAAUCGGCCCAUCAAAGAUCAUAAUCCAUUCCCAAAGAUUGAAGAAGACUUCAAUAUGCCCAAAUUAGCAGCAGUGUUGGGUAUUGACGUAAAUGAACUAGUAUCCAGUUGGUCUCCUAAAGGGGUUGAUAAAGGGUUCACAAGGAAGUUUUUGGAAGGCCAUGCUUGGAAAUUUGCUAAAGAAGAAAAAUGGAAAUCUUGUAUUACAAUCUUGGCCUUGUUGAUCUUUGGGAUCAUACUAUUCCCAAACAUCGAUAACUUCAUAGAUCGUUCAACAAUAGAGGUUUUCUUAUUUGGCAACCCGGUGCCAUUUCUCUUGGUAGACUUCUACCAUAUUUUCCACACUCACCACGAGAAGAAGGGUGGGACUUUCCUAUGUUGUGUUCCAUUGUUGCAUAUGUGGAUGAAAACCCACAUGCCACAAAAGGGUCCUUUUGUCUCCAAGGAUCUCCCAUGGUCUCAGAAAUUUGCUUCACUCUCUGCCGGUUCCAUCCAGUGGUACAAGAGGGAAUCGGAAACCCAAGACAUCAUCUUUAGGUGUGGAGGAUUUCCAAAUAUACCCUUGAUAGGUACACAUGGGUGUAUUAAUUACAAUCCUGUGUCGUGCAUGAGGAAAUUUGGACACGCAAUGAAUGGUCCUCCUGAAGAUAAAGACUUGGUACCUUUUGUUAUCAACAAUAUUGAUCCACUUAACCCUAUUGUAAGGAAAGUGAGAAAAGCCUGGACGAAGAUUGUCAGAAGUGGUUCGGAACUUGGGAAGAAAAAUGUCAUUGCCAAAGAGCCAUACGUGUAG